CUCUUGAACCCCCAGACUCAACAGCCUGGAUGUCUGUUGUCUGUCUCUCCUAGGCUGCUCCAUCUAGUUUGCAUUCCUUGAGCCCAUCUGUCAGACUGUGUGCUCCAUGCUGAGGUGCAUCUGACAUCUGCUUCUGCUUUUACUGUACCCUGAUUUUAAUGGGACCCACCUAAGGUAAAGGAGUCUCAGCAGAGUCAAAAUGUCAGACAAAAGUGAUUUAAAAGCAGAACUUGAGCGCAAAAAGCAACGUUUGGCUCAGAUAAGAGAAGAAAAGAAACGGAAGGAGGAAGAACGGAAGAAGAAAGAGGCUGAUCUACAGCAAAAGAAGGAGCCAGCUCAGGAAGAUUCUGACCUAGACCGUAAAAGAAGAGAGACAGAAGCUUUGUUACAGAGCAUUGGUAUAUCUCCAGAACCACCUCUAGUGCAGUCGCUGCAUGUGUUAACAUGGGAUACCUGUUAUUUUCAUUAUUUAGUCCCAACCCCUAUGUCUCCCUCUUCGAAAUCAGUGAGCACACCCAGUGACGCAGGCAGCCAGGACUCAGGGGAUCUGGGACCCAUAGGAAGGACCUUGCAAUGGGACACAGACCCCUCAGUGCUGCAACUCCAGUCUGACUCUGAACUUGGACGCAGACUGCACAAACUAGGGGUGUCAAAGAUUACCCAGGUUGAUUUCUUACCUCGGGAGGUGGUAUCAUACUCCAAGGAGACACAGACACCUCUUGCCACACAUCAAUCUGAAGAGGAUGAAGAUGACGAAGAGAUGGUGGAGCCAAAAGCACAGGAUGACUUGGAGAUGGAAAGUCAGGACCAGAAGCAGGAAGUGAAAGAAGCUCCUCCUAGAGAACUGACAGAAGAAGAGAAACAACAAGUUCUCCAUUCAGAAGAAUUCCUGAUAUUUUUUGAUCGGACAAUACGUGUAAUUGAGCGAGCUUUGGCUGAAGAUUCAGACAUCUUCUUUGACUAUAGUGGCAGAGAUGUAGAAGAAAAAGAUGGAGAUGUUCAAGCAGGAGCCAAUCUUUCCUUCAACCGACAAUUUUAUGAUGAGCACUGGUCAAAGCAUCGUGUUGUCACCUGUAUGGAUUGGUCUCUUCAGUACCCUGAGUUGAUGGUUGCAUCUUACAACAAUAAUGAAGAUGCUCCACAUGAGCCUGAUGGGGUAGCCUUAGUAUGGAACAUGAAGUUCAAGAAAACCACACCAGAAUAUGUGUUCCAUUGUCAGUCCUCUGUGAUGUCAGUCUGUUUUGCCCGCUUUCACCCAAACCUUGUCGUCGGUGGAACAUAUUCUGGCCAAAUUGUCUUGUGGGAUAAUCGCAGUCACAGGCGCACUCCAGUUCAGAGAACUCCCUUAUCUGCUGCUGCUCACACGCAUCCUGUGUAUUGUGUGAAUGUAGUCGGGACACAGAAUGCGCACAAUCUCAUUACCGUCUCUACGGAUGGCAAAAUGUGCUCCUGGAGCCUGGACAUGCUCUCAACUCCACAGGAGAGCAUGGAGCUUGUGUACAAUAAGUCCAAACCAGUGGCGGUUACAGGAAUGGCUUUUCCAACCGGAGAUGUCAAUAAUUUUGUCGUUGGCAGUGAAGAGGGAACAGUCUACACAGCUUGUCGUCAUGGAAGUAAAGCUGGCAUUGGUGAAAUUUUUGAAGGCCAUCAAGGACCUGUCACAGGAAUCAAUUGUCACAUGGCAGUGGGUCCAAUUGACUUUUCUCAUCUCUUUGUCACAUCAUCAUUUGACUGGACAGUCAAAUUGUGGACCACAAAGGUUCCCACAGCCAGCGUCACCAUAGAAGGAGCCUCUGCCCUCAACCGUGUCCGCUGGGCCCAGGCUGGGAAGGAGGUAGCAGUUGGUGAUUCAGAAGGCCACAUAUGGAUCUAUGAUGUUGGAGAGCUGGCUGUUCCACACAACGACGAGUGGACCCGCUUUGCUCGGACCUUGGUGGAAAUCCGUGCCAACCGAGCAGACAGUGAAGAGGAAGGGGCAGUGGAGCUGUCGGCCUAGAGGAAGAGGAGCUGCAGCGCCUGCCACCGCCAGAACAGCAGCUUUCACCCGCUGAGUACGCCGGUGUUCAGUGUCAGAGUCUGUCUUGCUGUGGCUUUUGAUGCCAGUGUACAUGCCAGUAUUGCUCAAAGCAUUCUAUAUUAAUCACACUGCUUUACACAAGGCUGAAAAUAUCCAGAGCAUUUUCAUACUUUAUAUUUCUGUCUGAAAAGUAAGAAAGAAAAGACAAAUCAACCCUUUAUGGGUUUAGUUGUUGCCUUUUAACUACUUAGUAGCUGUAUUUAAUAGCUAGGAACCCCUGGUUAAACUUGUGCUCACAUUGCCCUUCUGGCAUAGUCCUAUUAAAUCCAUAUGAAGCCAGAUAUGAUUAUGUGCAGAUGUGGUGUGCUUCACUGUAUGGGACUGGGCCAAAGACUUUAGAUGUGGUGUUUCACAUGGUGACUUACAUUAUGAAUGGAUGUACUAUACGAAAGUUGCUGCUCCUUAUUUAUUGCGGUGUGCUGCAUGGAACAUAUUUAUUUGAAAGCAUUAAAAUAAACGAUCCUAAAGCAUGUGCAUAAUGAGAGAACUGCAUUGUCUGUGUGCUGCUGUAGAGGUUACAUUAAAGUCCACGUAACAAUUACAGUACAUCAGUUGUGCUUAAGAUAUAAGAUCUAUAAAGGUUGGCUUGAGUGGAUGGAAUGAGUUUCCUUUCCUUUUUUUUUUAAGAUGCCUAUUAUUUCUAGGCACUUUAACUAUAUUUCAAAUACAGUUGGUCACUGAUACUUGUCAUGCAAGUUAACACUAACAGUCUGACUAAGGGUUGUGGUUCCUGAGUAUGACACUAGUAUUUGCCAAUAAAAUGUAUCAGGCCUGUUC